AUGUCGCGAAAUGGUACCUCCAAGAACCCGGUCCCGCGCAAGGGACCGCCGCACUGGCGACAGUUUAGCAGAUCUAGCUUAGAUCGAACCCUUACCGAAGCUCCAGUGUCGUCGGCGAGCGCAUCGACUCAUUCUACUAUCAAGGAGGAGACGAAGCGAACAAGAAUAGAACGCCGAUGCACUGUGACGGUCAACGAGGGCUACGCCAGAGACGAGGUGCUGCUCAAUUUCGAUGUUGUGGGUGCUGAUAUAAAGCCCGGAACGUUGAUGUGCAUAUCAACUGUUAAGGAUGAUCUUCGAAAGAUAUCGGCUGGUCAUAGCGCGAGCAGCAAGCAGAAUCAGGAUCAGAACUAUGGCUCGAAAGGAAUGUCAGGAACACAAAAUGGGGACAGCGCAUGCUUCAAGUACUUCUUUGUUGCAAAAGAUAUGCCACAAGAGACAAAGACCCGGAAUCCCGAUGUCGAGGUCUAUGUCCUGAGGCAUAUCGCAGAUGCGUUUGGAAUGAAGAAGGGAUCCCAGGUACUCUUGACAAUAGUGGAUGCGAAAAGCCCAGCUACGGAAGCUUCACACGUAGAAUUGUCUUUCAAAGAUCAAUAUUUGUCAAGGUCAGACAUUUGGAGAAUGACUGUCGGAGAGUUGACGGGGAGAACCGUCUACAAAGGCCAAUCAGUCUUGUUCAUGGGCACAAUCAAAGCGCAAGUCACAGCAAUAUACGUUGAUGGCGACAAAACGCACUCUGCCUUCUUUACUCGCGAUACCAGGCCCAUUUUCCGAAGCGAAUCAGCUAGAUACGUGCUUUUUAUCCAGAUGGCCAAGGAGAUGUGGGAGUUUGAUGCAGAAAGCUCGGGUGAGAUCAUGUUUAACAAAGUCGUCAACGGGUUCCUUCCCGCGCUGUUCAAGAGAUGGGCUAUGCUCAAGGCUAAACACCUUGUUAGCAUUGUUCUUUUCGCACGCGUGGAAUACGAUACUGGUUUGACUGCUGAGUUUGAUAACCUCUCGGGUGACUACUACACAGGUAUACAACCAUCUGGGCCACGCCGACCGUACAAAGACUUCUAUCGAGUUGUGGUCAGCGAGAUGGGUAGCGGAGAGUGGACCAAGAUCCUGCAUCAGCUGAAGGUUGAGUUCAACUUCUUCCGUCGGGAUAUUAGUCUGCAUCACCACAAGCUCAAUGCUCAAGCAGCCAUCGAUGGUAAAGAUUCCAUCCCCAAAGAUACCCCGUCAACCCGUGUCAAGGCGGAAUCAACCUAUGCCAUGUACGGCAAUGUUCUAGAGGCGAUCAACCUAGCUUCGUCCCAGUUUGCCCAUGAUCAUAUCGAUAGAGAUCUCACAAGGACGGGGAUCUCAAUUGCCGUUAUCAGCCCUGGCUCUGGUGUCUUCGAGGUAGACUACGAGACAUUACGGCGGACAACGGAGGCAUUGGUUGGAAACGGUAUUGGCAUUGAUCUGAUAUGCAUGCCCAAGAUGCCCUUACAUUCAGUGCCUCUUUUCAAAUAUCGCAAUCCUCAGUACUCGUCUGAUGACCGAGGCCAUGGUCAUCGCUCCAGCUUCUCAAGGUCGUUCCAUAGUCGGGAUAGCACACCUAACCACCCGACACCAGUGAUCGGUAGCUACCAGUCACUUGGAGAGUCAUUUUCACCUUCAAAAGGAAUGAGUCUCUCUCGUCGUGCAGACCCUCUCAUUACCAUGGCCUCAAACGAACAGUGGUGCUUUGCGCUGCCGCAAUGGCUACAUGUCUCGUUCUGGACCGGGGCCUCCGAUGAAGCCUUGUCGUAUGAGGGUAUUGCUCUAUCCGUGUCCAACAAAGUUGUGCAAGACGACGAAGACGAGUUUAACAUUCGAUGUCGCAUGUAUGCCUUGCAAAUGAGAAGUGUUCUUGAGACGAACGAGAUCGAAACUACACCUUUGCAGGUCGACACGCAUUUUCCUGCCAAUAUCACGGAACCACCAUCUUCGCAAAAAUAUCGUAAUACCGGCAUCAAUGACACUGUGUACAUUCCCGUUAGACGUCCGCCAGACGGGCUUUUUGACCAUAUUCAUGGUUUUCAGAGAUUUGUUCCGGACAGGCUGGCACGACCUGGCGAAAAGUCGCUGUGGAAACAACUUCAAGAGUUUGACGAUCACAGAGCCAAGAUUUCCAGUGGCCGUAGUCGACAUCACUCAUCACGAUAUGCAAAGGAACUAGAUGAGAUCACACGAAGGCAACUGGCCGAGGACUCUGGUCUGUAUGGAACUUCUCUCCCGGAGAAAAAGGCACCGAUUCUUGGUCCCUCGGCGAGGAAGCUUUCAAUGAACAUUAUGGACACUGACAAGCCAUCCCCUACGAGCCUCAAGAAGAGCAUAGAACCAGCGCCAAAGCCUCCUAAAACAACAGCGAAACAGCCCAAAUUAAUGAGGCAGAUUAGCUUAGGCCAGCGAGGAUUCGGUAUCGCUGCUCCAAAGGCAGUAAUUGCAGAGAUCAAAGCUGAGACAGUCAACGCAUCUGGUCAUACGUCUAGUGAAGGAAAACAGCCGCCAACACCUCGAAUUCGCCCAGAACUGCGCCCUAGCUCCCCUCAGACGAUCACCAGUCAUCCAUCGCAACUCUCUGUACAUAAGUAUCGACUAGAAGCCCCUGACACCAUCAUUGAAGGAGUGCCCAUGACACCCAGCAUUCCUAUUAUCAAGAGGAAUAAUUCUGCGCUUGAUGUGGCCGCAUUGCAGCUGAGGACAGCUUCAUCGGCAAUCGGUUCAUCGUUUAGUAAUCGGCCGCAAAAGCAGGACGACGAUCGAGAUCAGAGAUACUCGGACGUUCUUCGAGCUGAUGAUGCCCAAAAACUCUAUACCAACAAGCUCCGCGCAGGUGCAUUGGCCGGUGACGUCCAAGACCUCCCUACAACUCUUUCGCCUACCACUGCCAUUACUCCUUGGUUGACACUGUUGAACCCAUCAAACCCAGAGAGCCUUGCGAUCGACGACAGUAUCUUGUACAGUAGAUGGCAACACGUCUACCCUCAAAUCGGUCAGAUGAAGGUGCAGAAAUGGAAGGCUCUUUGCUGCCCUGCUUCUGUACCAUUAACGACCGAGUACUUUCCCUCAAAACCACAAUUCGAUACCGAAUAUCAACGGCAUCCGUAUACUGUUGAACAGGACGGAGAUGACGACAUGGUUGACGAGCCCAAAUCCCGCCAGGAAUUCAUUCAGGAGUUGAUUAGUCUGAGAUUCACGCAGGGCUUUCAGGUUGUGGUAGGCCCGUGGGUAGCCCGCGCUUUCGGGCAGAGUUCCAUGAAGAUUGGUGACAUUUUCUCGAGGGAUCAGCCUUUGGAGGAUGGCACUAGCAUCUUCAUGUCAGUUGGCAACAGCAUUCACCAGCUCUCGUGUGUCAAUGGCACAGAAGUAGAGGUGAACAUAUUCAUGAGAAAGCCAACAGAUACCUCUUUCACCUCUCUGGGCUUCUCACCAAUUUACAAGCCUGCCAUUCGCACUCUACUAGAUGAUACCUACGAAGCACGAGAGAUAGAUCUGCUCGCCUCUCGCCCUGAGCGCAAUUGGAACAUGAUUGAUUCAUACAUCGCCGGGCAUCACGAUGAGAUGAUGGAUAGUCUUCGCUUCUGGCGUGCAAGGUUCGUCCUUAUCCCAGUACUACGGAAAGAUGUCCCGGUUUCAAGAACACAAUCGGGAGAUCAUGCUGAGGAGGUUCGAAUCGAGGGCAUCAAGCGUCUUGCCCAAUCUUGGCAGAAGUAUCGCUACAUUCCUCCUUCUGAGCGAAGGUUCCAUGCAGUUAGUCAGCAGAAGCGACGACGAGACCCUAAUCCUCUGGAUAUCGUAUACAAAACCGAUGAUCCCUCAGUAGUUAUUGCUGCCGAGGUCGAAACACUUCCUCUCACAGAAGGUCUUGAGGGUGUGCCCCGAAAAGGACUUGUGUCGGCCAAGGAGCGCUUCAAGAAGUCCAACUUAAAUCUGACUACGUUAGCUGAUGCCAUGCAGCAGCCCGUAGAGAGUGGAGGUGCUAGGUUGCAAAACCGACGGUGGCAUCUUCGCCUCUACUCUGCCUCUUUCAUCGGAUCUGAUAUGGUGACCUGGCUGCUGGACAACUUUGAGGAUCUCGACACUCGAGAAGACGCCGAAGCAUUGGGCAACGCUUUGAUGGCGCAUGAUGAUUCGAAGUCUGCAAACCCCAAAGAAAGGGGCUUGUUUGUUCACGUUGAUAAGAGGCAUCAGUUCCGCGAUGGCAACUACUACUACCAAAUUGCCCCUGAGUUUGCCAAGCCUCAUGUGGGAUGGUUCAACUCCCGACGAGCUGCAGUACCACCAACUCCAAUCCUUGAGCCAUCCAGUCGGGAUUCACCUCGAGCUUUGAUGUCGUCUCGUUCGGUGGAUGAAACUGGUUCUCCUGCGUCAACCUCUACAACACCAACCAUAUCGCUCUCUCAUGCUGUGAAACGCUCUAGAGUUGUGCUAAGCAAAGUCAUCAAGUACGAUGUUGAUCACCGCAAGCGAUCAUACAGACCAGAGAGGAUCGACUUGCAUUAUGAUCGACUUCACAACCCUGACAGUUGUUACCAUAUACGUAUCGACUGGAUGAAUGUGACGACAAAGUUGGUGGAAGACGCAGUUGAGAGCUGGGCUCGUGAGGCUAGUCAGUAUGGUCUACGCCUUGUUGAAGUACCUAUCAAGGAGGCUUGCACCAUUACCGAAACAAAUCCGUUCAGGAAGCCAUAUCGUAUUAAGUUGGCAGCUCGUCCGCCUGAUCAGAGGCCCGAAACGUAUAUGGACCCGAACUCAUUAGGCCCAACGACGUCUCCAAACAAGCAUUUCUAUCAGACGGCCAUUCUCAAGAAGUUCGAGUUCGUGUUGGAUGUUGAGGCGGCAUCCAACUUUCCAAGCAACGUCGACGUGAGCUACUCCUGGGGCAAACCAGACUACAAAUACACCCAGUACAUUCAUCGCAGCGGGUCUCUCUUGGCCGAGAUCACCGACGAGGGCGACUUUUUGAUCCUGGCAAACCGUCUAUAUAGUAGCCGAUCUGCGAAUCCCCGCGACAAGGAGAACCGCUCAUCCGAUUCAACAGCUCUGGGCGAACGCGGUGGGCGCAUGUCAUCCUACGGCCCCUACUCAACCUUUGGAAUGACAGAAGCGGCAUCUCUCGCAUCGCCGCUCAUCAAGCCGACACACUACUACCACUCCCCAGCACUAAAGCCCGUCGACCAACACACCAGACCCUUGGCCUCAACAAUUCCAGAUCCGGAUCAGCUCAAUGCCGAGAUCGACGAGUUCUGUAAGGACGAGGCAGCACUGGAGGAGUUCUACAAGGAAGCCAUGGAGAAGGGCCAGAAGGUCCAGGGCACGCCUGCAACAGCGCCUGCGCCGACACCGCUAGAGGCUGUGCCUGAGGCUAGCAUCCCGACGUUGGGACUCCCGCCUGGCGUUCUGGGAGGGAAUGACGGGGCGCCUACAAAGCGACUUAACAGUCCAAUGUCGUUCCUGCGGAGGAGUAGUGUGCAGUACGAUGGCGGGUCGAGUUUGACUGGGCGAUGA